GGUUUGCAGCGCUCCCGUCGGCAGCAGCGCUCUGUUCCCGCGCCUCCUUCCUCCGGGGCUCGCCGCCUCCUCCUCGUCGCCAGCCAUGAAGGUCGUCCCCGCCGUCUCCCCCGGGCCCAGCUGCGCCCUCAAGGGCGUGCGCCUGGGCGGCGAGCCGCUGGCGUCGCGUUGCCUGUCCGAGCAGAGCGUCUCGUUGUCCCGGGCUGGCAGCCCGCCCCCUCGAGGCUUGCCCCUGGCCCCGGAGCAGGCGGCCGCCGCCGCUUCGCUGCUGAUGGACAUGAAGGGCUGCUACUCGCGGCUGGCGGCCCUGGUGCCCACCCUGCCCCGCCACAGGCGCGUCUCCAAGGUCGAGAUCCUGCAGCACGUCAUCGACUACAUCUGGGACCUCCAGCUGGAGCUGCAGCACCCGCUGGGCGCCGGCCCCAGCCCCCCGAGGGGCGCCCAGGAGACCCCCGGAGCCGGGCCCGAGGCGGCCUGCGUGAACCCGGAUGACCGAAUCUUGUGUCGCUGAGGAACUGACCUCGAUUUGAAGAAGGCCCUCUUGGAAGAUGCCCCGCCUUGCCCCUCUUCCAGGGAUGGUUUGGGGAAAGGGGGUAAGAGGGCCGGGAUGUUGAUACCCCCCCAAUUCUUCUGGGGCCGGGCUCAAUCAGCUAUAGACUCUCCUGGAGGUGAAGGGGAGAGAAGCCGCUCGCCUAGCCUGUCCCGCCUUGCAGGGGUGGGGCGCAGGAGUCUGGAACCCAGGAAAAGAGGAACUAGCACAAGCGGCUGGAACUGACCUUGGUAGCAACGCCCUGCCUUGGGUGACUUCACACUGACGACUUGACUGCGACCGAGCAAAAAAAAAAACAACCCGCCACCCCCUUGUUUUUUUGUUGGAAAAAAGUGGAAUGUUAACCCCCUCUCUGUUUACUUCUCAGAUUUCUGAGAAUUAUCUUUGUAUUGUAUAUUACAAUGACGUAUUUUUUUUCUGAGAAUAUUGUUCUACAAUAGGUUGGGUUUUUGUUAUUAAACAAAUUGCAUAUUGCGACACGGAA